GCCGCCGCCGGGGGCCGCUCUGGCGCCGCCGCUUCCAGCCGGGCUCGGCCAUGGCGACGCGCGCCAGGAAGGCCGUGUACCCGCUGUUCCAGAGGGGCGGCCCGCAGCUGCGGAUCUUCCGCCCCAACUUCUUCAUGCUGGCCGUGCGGCCCGGCGUCCCGCAGCCCGAGGACACCGUCCAGUUCCGCGUCUCCAUGGAAAUGACAAAAGUGGAUAUCAGGAAUUACCUUGAAAGAAUAUACAAUGUGCCGGUAGCUGCUGUGAGGACCAGGAUACAGUAUGGUGCAAACAACAAGAGGAAUCACAAGAAUCAGAGAGAGAAGAAACCAGAUUACAAGGUCGCCUAUGUACAGCUGGGCCAAGGACAAACCUUUCAGUUUCCCAACCUAUUUCCCGAGAAAGAACAAGAUACAGAAACUCGCUCUUUUGAUGACUUCAGGAGUAAAUAUGUGGAGAAAGAGAAGCAGAAGCAGGAAGGUGACCCCAGACGAGGUGGAGUCCCUGAUUGGUUUGGACUUUGAUGCAACAAACCAGCUGCCUUCCUUUAGGCUCAGAGGGAAUUUGAUUAGCACAAUGUGCACUCUUCCCUCCUUGUAGUGACUGAAUGUUUAUUCUUGAGCAGUCCUUGUUAGCGGGUCUUUUUUCCUGGCUGUGUAUGCAUGACUACAACAAAUUGGCCGUGAAGAAAUAAAAAGGUAAAAUAAAUCUGACUACAUCAGGA